AAAACUGCCGAAAUUUCAUCUAUGUCGCACCUGCAAAUGAAAGAGGGGUGCUGUGGCUGUGCAUUGUCGCAGAGUGCCUGUAUAUCAUGCUCUUGGCCACCGGGGGCAUCCUCAUGUGGAUAGAAGUGUGCCAAUUUGGCAACGUCAUCGAUGGCCUGAAGCUCAAUGCCUUCGCUGCCAUAUUCACCGUGCUUCCAGGCCUGCUGGGGAUGGUGGCCCACAUGAUGUUCACCACAGCCUUCCAGCUGACUGUCAGUCUGGGCCCCGAAGACUGGAAACCUCAGACAUGGGACUACAGUUGGUCAUACAUAUUAGCGUGGAGUUCCUUCACAGCGUGCAUGGCGUCCUCCGUCACGACCAUCAACCGCUACACCAAAACCAUCCUGGAGUUCAAGCACAAGCGAAGGAACAUUGAGAAGAACUUAAAGAUCAAGCAGAAGCUGUUGGAGCUGGACGCUCCCGAGCAGGUGUGGGACAUGUACAUCAGCUCGGUGCCAAGUACUGCAGAGGAGCUGCUGGACCUUUCGUCCAACGGCCGCAAACUCUCCAACACCUCCAUCUUCUUGGACCUCAACGACCUGCCGGGCCAGCAGGGGGAAGAAUACUGCUAGAGGAGCUAUUAAUUGAUCAAACGUCAUUAUGUCAUGGGUUUUAAUUACUGGGGAGGGGGCGGGGGGGUACUAACAAAAAAGUAAAAUGUGUUCUUGCAGAUGAACCCUUUCAGGGACAGCGGUUACUACAGUGGACAGUUUAUCGUGUUAUCAGGUUACAGGGUGCAUUAAAUGGUCAACAUAAGAACUGAUUGUUUUAGUUCCCUGGCCUGUAAAUUGCUACAUACAUUUGUUCAGUUAAAUCAGAUCUAAGAUAGAGUCUCAAAUA